AUGGGAGCCCUCUCAUCCCUAGCUGAAGCCUCUGCUGCUGUCUGGCACGACGGCCUGGAAUUCGACAAGACCUGUAACAACUUUUACUUGUUAGAGGAUCGGGCAGUUCUCUGGGUAAAUGCAUUCGAGGCCGAAUUGAAACGAGAUCGUCCCUUCUCUGUCACUCCGCCUCCAGAAGUGUUGGGCCACCUGAAGGAAUCUCGCCCGCAACAAGUGCAAGAUAGGGCCUGGCUCGUCAUGUAUUACGGCAUCACCCUCAACCUCGUUUCCGCUGCUGAUCCUCGGGACGAAUCCACAAAAGCAAAGCUUCGACAUAAUCUCUGGCUCGCCCUAAACGACGCGAGACUCCUCCUCGAACCCACCGAGCUCAACAUCCAGGCUUUGCUUCUGCUCGCCCUCGAUGUAGAGGAGUUUACCAGUCCUUCACUCUGUUGGAUGAUGGUCACAAAUGCAUGCAGGAUGCUGCAGGCGUUGGGGGUGAGCGACCGCCGUUUCGACUCUCAGACCCGUGACCGGCGCGUUGCGAUGUUUUGGCAUCUGAACCUCGUGGACAUCGGACUGGCUCUUAUCUUUGGCAGAUCGCCCACAUUCCACCGUGGAAUGACAAGACAGAUUCCCAUGCCAACGGUCAAGCAGCUCUUACCAUUUCAGCCUCACAUUGGCUCGCCUGGCGCACUGGCGCUGUUCGGAGUGCAUUAUAUUCACCAGAUGUUUAUCCUAUCACGCAUAAUGGCUGACAUUUGGUACUGUCUUCACGAAGAAUUGACGCCCAACGACGACAGUAUCGAAUCAAUCAGCAAAGAUCUUGAGUCGUGGUACCUCCAGGCGCAAAAGAUUCUUGAAGCUGCUGCCCUGGCCGAGAAACCCUUUCUCAACGCUCACGACGCCGCUUCCUUUGACCAGGCUCUGGGUAGCGUCAACUUCCAGUACGAAUAUCUUUAUAUCCUCCUCGCUCGAUCCUCCACUCGCAUGAGGGCUCAGUGCACCGACUCAUCGAAACGGAUGCUCCAAUUACUCGCCGACAUGGUAUCGGAGUCCGAGGUACCAGCCAACGGCAUGGUAUGGCACCUUUUGUGCGCCCCCUUCACCCCGUUCCUGGACCUUUUCGGAGAUCUCUUGUCGAAUGACAAGGGCGGGUCGGAGGAGAACAAGGAAGUCCUCGCGGCCAUGGAGCAGCUGCCAGUCUUUCUGGAGAAGAUGAGCUCGAGGAACUCGCUCGCGGCCAAGCUGAAAAGUGUCGCUGUGGUGUUGGUGCAGCACGCCAGAUCUGUGGUUAACCAUGAAGAAGGUCGCCCUCCUCCUAACACGGAGCCCGGCUUAACUCUCGCAGAGACCUUUCCUAAUCACUGGCCAGCAACCACAAAUAUGUUGGAUUGGGAUUCAUUCUUCAACCAUACCGUUGCGGCACCAAUCCCAGAUCAUCCGCAGGCCGAGAAUCACAAUACUGAGCCGAACGACUUGACCGCAUGGACGAAUGAUUUCUUCGACAACGCUUUUGUGGACUGGGUUGGCUGGGAUGCUCAAGUCUGA